UGGAGCUGGCUGAGGCAGACAGAACAGUCUCUUCAGCCCUGUGGUGCAUACAACGUUCCUCCUCAGGAUACAUACCAACUGCCUCUGUGUGAUUGGAAAAGGAUUCAUAUCAUUAACUUUACUGAAGCCACAAAAGGGAAGACACAAGCAAAAAUGGAAGAUUUCUAUGAUGAUGACUCCACCUUUAAUGACAGUUACGAUUACAAUUACGAACACACUAUUUGUGACAAGGAGGCAGUGCGCUCUUUUGCCGGUGUCUUCCUCCCAGUCGUCUAUGCCUUGGCUUUGGUGGUGGGCCUGGCUGGGAACGCUCUCGUAGUGGUGGUCUACACAUCAAAGGUGCGACUACGAACCCUGACAGAUGUGUGCAUCCUUAACCUCGCCAUUUCGGACCUGUUACUUCUCUUCACCCUGCCUUUCUGGGCGGCUGAUGCUGUCCAUGGCUGGAAGUUGGGUUCGGCAGCCUGCAAGAUCACCUCCUUCCUCUACAGUACCAACUUCAGCUGUGGCAUGCUGCUGCUGGCGUGUAUCAGCGUGGAUCGCUACCGUGCUGUGACCCAAAAUCCUACAGGCAGGACUGGUACAGGUGUCCGGGUAAGGAGACAGUGGCUCCUGGUGUGUGUGGUGUUAUGGGCUGUUGCCAGCUUUCUUGGCCUUCCGGAACUCGUCUUCUCCACAGUGAAGCACUCCCAUCACAGGAUGGCCUGUACAGCCAUCUACCCGCCCAGCAUGGCUCGACCUGCAAAGGCGGCCCUGGAGCUGCUGGAGGUGACCCUUAGAUUCGGUCUACCCUUCUUGGUCAUGGUGGUGUGCUACAGCUGCAUAGGACGGGCGCUGAGCCAGGCAGCUGGGGUGCAGAGAGACCGGAAGUGGCGUGCCCUGCGGGUCUUGCUGGCUGUGGUGGCUGUAUUCCUGCUCACCCAGUUGCCAUACAACGUGGUCAAGCUCUGCCGAGCGAUGGACGUCAUCUACAUCCUCGUGACUGACUGUGAAGUCAGCAAGGGUCUGGAUCGUGCUCUCCAAGUGACAGAGAGCCUGGCGCUGAGCCAUGCCUGCAUUAACCCUCUCCUCUAUGCAUUCAUCGGAUCUUCCUUCAGGGGACACGUCCUCAAGGCUGCGAAACACCUUGGCCAGCGAUUUGGGAGACACCCAAGACACGUCAACGAGGAGCCGGCAGUGGAGAUUGCACUCAACACGCACACUCAAAUGCAAUCCCAGUCUGGUUCGGAAGACCAAGACACCAGUACUUUUACAAUUUAAGACUCAAAGCAUUUAUCCAUUUUCCUGUAAGCACCCAGACAAAACUGUAUUUCUAUGUAUAUUAUUUUUAUCAUACAAUAUAUAUAAUAUUAUUCUACUAUCAUACACGAUAGACACCAAUAACAAUAAAUAUUCAUUCUUAGUUUAAUGAAGUAUAUGUACAGUGAGUUUAUAUGCACUAACUAAGCAAAGUAUUUUGUACAAAUUAUGUAUUUUGUUAAAUAAAAGAACAAAGAUCUUCAGUGACUCGCAUCUACCAACAUCUGUUGCAAUUAAAUGCAGCUGGAACUCAA